ACAGGUCCGUCUGUAUAAAGCCAGGAGCAUCCACCAGAAGACUCAGAGGAUACUUGGCAGUGUAAUCUGCGCGCAGUUGGACUACCACCAUCACCGGCUGUGCGCCGCGGACCGUACCGUAUCGCUCUCCCGAAGCCACUUCUCGGACUUUAGCCGUCUAUUCACAAAUACAGGAUCGUGAACAUGAACACCUUCUCCGUGCCUACCUUUUUGGCCGUGUACCUGGCGCUGUGCGGCGGCUACCUGCGGAAUGCACAGGGUGGCUCUGUUGUGCUCAACUCGAACGCAAUCAAAAAUCUACCUGGUGGCGGAAUUUCACACCCGAGCCUGUCGGUCAGCGUUAGUCCCCGAGCAUCACCCGCGGUUGGCGGCGUUGGCCAAGCGGGAGCCACUGGCACCUCAUCGCCCUCAGGCUGCAAGGCAGACCGGCAGUGUGGAGCCAAUGAGUUCUGUAACGAGUCCCGUGGCGCAUGCCUCCCGUGUCGUAAACGGAGGAAGCGGUGUGGCCGUGACGCCAUGUGCUGUGCGGGGAAUCGGUGCAUUAAUGGUGUGUGCCAACCCGCUGAAAUGGAUGUCCCACCCCGCGUUGGUGCUGAUGACGGCACCAAACUCGGAGGCAAUGCAAAGCACGGGCAGAAUGUCACCAGUGAGCCGAAAAAGAAGACACCAAGCCAGAGUCACAAAACACCUAAAGGCGGUGAUGGGGAGACGUGUCUUCGAUCGUCCGACUGUGGCGAAGGCCUGUGCUGCGCGCGACACUUCUGGACGCGCAUCUGUAAGCCCGUGCUGACAGAGGGACAGGUGUGCACUAGACACCGUCGCAAAGGCGGCCAAGGCCUGGAAAUCUUCCAACGUUGUGACUGCAAGCCGGGACUCACCUGCCGAGUUCAGAAAGGAGCGCGACAGCAUCGCGAGGAGCAGCAGCAGCAGCAACAACAGCAGCAGCAACCAAGACAACACAGAGACUUACACACCUGCCAAAGACGCUGAGGCGCUCCAGACACAGUGUCGCCACACACACACACACACACACACACACACACACACACACUUGCUUGGGUCCCUAGGGAAUGCAGGGGGUGGACGCAGCGAGGGGUGAGAUGAAAUCCAACGCUGCGGAAGGAUGCGACGAUAGAAACGGACUGAUCGGAUUUCUCGGAUGUGAUGAGGAGAAAACGCCGCAGCCAGCGGAAAUGUCGCAUCGGAUACUCUGCUUCUGAUAUGCUGCUCCCUGAUGGCCAUCGGAAAAAAAAAAAACUGCGGAGUAAUUUAGUUUCCCUUUAUAAGGAAUUUGAUCCUGUCAAUAUUGCAGUAAAUUACUGUAUUGUAAAUACUAAACUAGAAGUGGCGCUUUGCUUGACUGGUGGAUUCAGUAACACUACUAGCCUAAUAUAAGAUCAGGUGCUGCAUGAUGCUAUUCUAGUGUAAAUGCUCUAAAACCUAUGAUUUAUAUUGUUAUGAUUGUUGUUAUUUACUACAUGUGAUAUAAAAUGCCUCUAUUUUUAUUUCUGAACAAAGAAAUGUAAAUAAUAUUGUUUUUAUUAAAGUAUACU